UAAGAAUGAUAAACCUGUGGCUAAACUAGCUGCCUGCAGCUCUCUCGAGUCUUAUCUCCGCCAAAAGGAUACCAAUGAUCGUGCUCAGAAUGAGCUCAAGCUGCCUCAAAAAAAGGGACCGAAAAAUAAGCGAAAAAACAGGUUAAUACCCAGGGAAUUUAUUCAACUCCAAGACACAGUUUUGAGCAAGCCUUACCAUAAGGUUCAGAUCGCUGAAAUUAUUGGAGAUAGUAAGAUUAUUGCGAAUAUUACCUUAGAAAGUGGUGAUAUGGAACAAUGCACAAUCCAAUUAGCUGACAUAGCUGGAUACAUUGAUGGACU